UCGCGGGAGCACGGGCAGGGAGAAGAACGACAAAGCUCUGCCCCCCUCCCUGGCCCGGCCCAACACCUUCCUGAGGGGCAGCAGCAGCAAGGAGCUGCUGCUGGACAACCAGGCCCAGGAGGAGCAGCGCAGGGAGAUGCUGGAGACGGUGAAGCAGCUGACAGGAGCCAUGGAGAUGGACAGGAACAGCACCGAGGCCGAGAGGAGCAAAGCCAAGGAACCUGCCAAGCCAGAAGUUCCCCCAGCUCCAGUGCAAGAAAAGCCUUCACUAUCAGAAGAGGAAAUAGAGAGAAAAUGCAAAUCUAUCAUUGAUGAGUUCUUGCAUAUUAAUGAUUUUAAGGAGGCCAUGCAGUGUGUGGAGGAGCUCAGUGCCCAGAGCCUGCUGCCCGUGUUCGUGCGUGUGGGCGUGGAGUCCACGCUGGAGCGGAGCCAGAUCACCAGGGAUCACAUGGGCCAGUUGUUACAUCAGCUGGUGCACUCAGGAAAGCUGAGCAAGCAGGAGUUCUUCAAGGGUUUCUCUGAGACCCUGGAGAUGGCAGAUGACAUGGCCAUAGAUAUACCCCAUAUCUGGCUGUACCUGGCUGAGUUGGUGACCCCCAUGUUAAAAGAAGGAGGAAUCUCUAUGAGAGAACUUAUACAAGAAUUUAGCAAACCCUUGCUUCCUGUGGGAAGAGCCGGCGUCUUGCUUGCUGAAAUCUUGCACCUUCUAUGCAAACAAAUGAGCCAUAAGAAAGUGGGAGCCUUAUGGAGGGAGUCUGGCCUCAGUUGGAAGGACUACUUGCCCGAAGGGGAGGAUGUACAUACCUUUCUCAUGGAACAGAAGUUGGAGUUCACGGAGUCUGACUGUUCCAGUUCCUCAGAAGCACUUUCAGAGAAAGAACUGUCUGCAGAAGAGCUGAACAAGCAGCUGGAAAAACUCAUUGUGGAGGACAAGGCGAAUGAUGAACAAAUCUUUGACUGGGUAGAGGCUAAUCUAGAUGAAAGCCAGAUGAGUUCACCUACAUUCCUUAGAGCUUUAAUGACAGCAGUUUGUAAAGCAGCUAUUAUAGCGGACUCUUCCAGCUUCCGAGUGGACACUGCUGUUAUCAAACAGAGAGUGCCCAUCCUGCUCAAGUACCUGGACUCAGACACAGAGAAGGAACUACAAGCACUUUAUGCACUACAAGCAUCAAUAGUAAAACUUGAUCAACCUCCUAAUUUGUUGCGGAUGUUUUUCGAUUGCCUGUAUGACGAGGAGGUCAUUUCGGAGGAUGCCUUCUACAAGUGGGAGAGCAGCAAGGACCCGGCGGAGCAGAACGGGAAAGGAGUAGCGCUCAAAUCCGUCACGGCGUUCUUCACGUGGCUACGGGAGGCCGAAGAGGAGUCAGAGGAUAAUUAAAACUUAAAAAAAAAAAAAAAAAUACAGAUUUAAAACAAACAAACAAAAAAAAAAAAAGAAACAAUUUAAGUAUUUUUUUAAAAAGUUUCACGUCUUCGCCAAUCACAGUGCAGCAAGGCCAAUUCUCUCUCGCAGACCCCCCUUGCCCCACACACGCACGAGUGGGAGAGGUAAAACCCGAUAAACACCGAGGUGAUCAUGGAGGCAAAAAGGUACUUGAAAACAAACCCACAAAAAGUAAACUUCAAACCUGAGGGCGGGAGCACUAAACCAAAAUACAUGUAUUAUUUAUAGAAAAUAUUUUCUGUUUUAAUCUUUUUCUUUUCUUUUUAAACAAGGACUCAUACUUAGGAAAACACACAGCAAAACGAAUCUGUUUAGCAAAAACAAGUUGAAAACUUUUAAUUUAUUAUUUUAAGGACUGCAAAUGCCAGUGUAAUUUUUAAAUUUGCAGUUUCUGUAAACAAAUUGUAUAAUAGAACAAAAGCAAAGAAAUAAAUUUCCCUCCCCUUCAUACGCACCUCAGUUUUGUUUCAAAGCAUGAUAAAUCAACAAAACUUUGAAGGGGGUUGGGGUGAGCUAGAUGAGGACAAGAUCAAUUUUCUUUUUUAUUGUCAUCAGAUUUUUCUGCCUGCCUCUCAGCUUGCUUCAGAAAUUUAAAAAGAAAAUAGUAAUCAAACCAUACAUAACCUUGGAUCGGAAGAAAAAUGCAUUUGAGAAAACCGCUGCGGACCAGAGUGCUCCGAAAAUAACUCAUUGAAAACCGUGCUACCCCGGGGAAAAAAGUACUAGUGAUACUUUGAGAACCUUUAGAGCAACUUUAAGGCUUGUAAAUACAUAGAACAAAUAUUUAAAAAAAAAAAAAAAAAAAAAAA